UUAUUUCAUUGUGGAAAACUUUUGGGGAGUUUAGUUUUUCACAAGUACUUAAUAAUAAUCUUUUAGGACUUUUACUAUACUAUCCAUCUAUCAAUGGCAAGCCAACAGCAACCCCGUCCAUUGUUCCGUUUCGCUUCGAUGGUUCGUCCGGCUGCACAAACUCCAGCUCCUGCUACACCAGCACCGGCGUCACAACCGUUGUUUCGACCUACCACGCCAUUUAGGCCUCCAUCACCGGCAGCUACUACUACUACUCAGCCACCUCAACCUCAAGAACCUGCACAACAACCACCAGCUACUACUGCUCCUCCCGUUGCAGCAGUCGCUGCACCACCGAAACCAGCAGUGCCAGCCCCACGCAGCCCCAUUUCAGCACCGCAGCCUCAAUCUGUGGCUGCAGCUUCCCCACGUUCCACUCUGGCAACUCCAGCUCCAAGAUCAUCACCUGUUGCUCCUCCUCAAUCUGUUGUUUCGCCACCAAAGGUUCCCUCACCACGUUCUCCAGUGGCAGCACAACCACAACGUGCUGCAACUGACGUCCCUAAAUCUCCUGUCACUAAAGUCACCACAUCCGUGCCACAAUCCCCAUUCAGGACACAGAGCGCUCCGACUAGUACUCCGCAUUCUUCGUUACCACCAUCACCAAAAACAAAAAUGGCAGAUUCUGUCCAAACUCUCAUCAAUCAAUCAUCACCAUCGAAAGCUCCCACACCAUCACAAAAAGUCAUCCAGCCAAAUGUAAUGAAAUCCCAGACCAACUCUCCUCAAACUAAGCCGACACUCUCUCACCCUCCAUCCCCACUAAAGCUUCCCCCAUCUCAACUUGAUCUCGAGUCCAAGAUUCCUCCACAGGUUGAUCAGAAAUCUGUUGUGGUCCACGAAACCACGAGGGCUAACACCAACAGUCAUCAUGUCAUGCAGACUACUAGAAAUGGAAAAACAGUAGAAAAUGGGAAACGAGAAUCUCUUAAGAAAGAUAAAGGGGUUCAGCAGAAGAAGGUGUCUAAUUCCGAUACCACGGAUGACUUUGGAAUGAGUGUGCUAACACUAGCUGGUGAAAACAAGGGAGCUAUUAUGGAGUUAAGCCCUUCAAGGAAGACAUACAGCCCUCAGAGCCUUCAAAAGAAAGGAAGCCCAAAGGCGUGGAGUAGUGACGAUGAUGAAGAAAAAUCAGGGAGUGAAAGUGGAAGGAACGGAGAUGGAAUGCAAAAUAAGUCCCUUCCUAUGACUGCAUUCAUGAACAGCAAUGUCCAAGGAAUCAACAACUCCAUUCUCCACAAUGCUUCUUGCACUCACCAUGAUCCUGGUGUCCACCUUGUGUUUGGAAGAAAGACAAAUGGUAGCAAUGGGUUCCACAUUAAGGGCAGCCCAAGGAGCCAAAAUAAUGUUUAAAGACGGUCAAACACUCAAGAGUCGUUUUUUCAUGGAGGGUCCCUUGCUUCUUAUAAUUAAUAUUUUGAGAGAAUAAAUUGAGUGGUACGAAAAGGACAUGGAUUCUGAUUCUUCAUGCAUGGCUGCAACCCACUUCUCAUGCACGAGGACCAUCCUUGCCUUUGGUAGGACAGAGAGAUUCUAUGCACAAUGUUACCACAGUAAAGCUUUCUUAUGUAUUGAGCACUAUUAAUCUUCUAAGUAUGUGAUUUGUAAGUCUAAUACAGAAUUCCUAAUGUCUUAUCAUCUUAGAUAUAUUUCACAAUUAUUUUUUCA